AUGCUGGGCGAGCUGCCGCCGGAGCUACACCUCUGCAUCCUCAAGAGCGUCGGCGACUUAUCCGACUAUCCCGCCCUGCUGCACAAGCUCAAGGGCCAGCCGGUGCCCAGUAGCGAUACCGAGGUGACCGACAUUCGCAUUGAGCCCUUCCUGAAGGCGGAUGGGCUUGGUCUGGCGCAAGUGAUCGCGGCGAUGGGGUUCCCUAACCUGGCGCGCAUGCACGCGCACGGCUUCGAGGUGGAUGCGGCCGCCUUGCGUAAUAGUGAUGUGCCCUUCCGCGAGUACCUGGACGCCGGACGCAGCUUCGCGGACGCUCACCAGGUGCAGGGCGAGCUACCUGCCGAGAUGCUGCUCGCUGUGCACGCGGCUCGCUACGGCAAGGCCCUCGUUCCCCGUGGAGCCUUCAGAAACAACUCCACGCUGGCGUCAAUCGAGCUGCCCGCCAGCCUCACGAGCAUCGGCGAUCGCGCCUUCUCCGGCUGCUCGUCCCUGCUCGAGAUCAAGCUGCCCAACAGCCUCACGAGCAUCGGAGCGGACGCCUUCUACGGCUGCUCGUCCCUGCGCGAGAUCACGCUGCCCGACAGCCUCACGAGCAUCGGCGACUACGCCUUCUGCGGCUGCUCGUCCCUGCGCGAGAUCACGCUGCCCGACAGCCUCACGAGCAUCGGCGACUACGCCUUCUACGGCUGCUCGUCCCUGCGCGAGAUCACGCUGCCCGACGGCCUCACGAGCAUCAGCAACCGCGCCUUCGACGGCUGCUCGGCCCUGCGCGAGAUCACGCUGCCCGACAGCCUCACGAGCAUCGGCGACUACGCCUUCAUCAGCUGCGCGUCCCUGCGCACGAUCACGCUGCCAGACAGCCUCACGAGCAUCGGCGACUACGCCUUCUACGGCUCGUCCCUGCGCGAGAUCACGCUGCCCGACAGCCUCACGAGCAUCGGCGACUACGCCUUCUACGGCUGCUCGUCCCUGCGCGAGAUCACGCUGCCCGACAGCCUCACGAGCAUCGGCGACUACGCCUUCUACGGCUGCUCGUCCCUGCGCGAGAUCACGCUGCCCGACGGCCUCACGAGCAUCAGCAACCGCGCCUUCGACGGCUGCUCGGCCCUGCGCGAGAUCACGCUGCCCGACAGCCUCACGAGCAUCGGCGACUACGCCUUCUACGGCUGCUCGUCCCUGCGCGAGAUCACGCUGCCCGACAGCCUCACGAGCAUCGGCGACUACGCCUUCUACGGCUGCUCGUCCCUGCUCGAGAUCACGCUGCCAGACAGCCUCACGAGCAUCGGCGACUACGCCUUCAUCAGCUGCGCGUCCCUGCGCACGAUCACGCUGCCAGACAGCCUCACGAGCAUCGGCUACAGCGUCUUCGACGGCUGCUUCUCCCUGCGCAAGAUCACGCUGCCCGCCCACCUCACGAGCACGCCCAGCGCCUUCGAGGGCUGCUCGGCCCUGCCGGACCUGACACUCGAAGGGCCACGUUCACGCUUUUUGCCGCGCCGGGAGGCAAAACUCCUGAAGAAGGAGCGGCGCAACACGUAA